UUGAGUAGAGCCGAGCUCCUAGGCUGGCGGCCGGGCUGCGGAGGGGCCGCUGCGGAGCUGCAGGGUGGUUUGCACCCGGCCGAGGAGUCCGUGCGCCUGCGCUAAGCUGCCCGUUUUGGUGGCAGCGCUGCUUGUCUGUGGCGACGUAGCGCAGAAGUCUCCAGCAUGACAGAGCUGAGGCAGAGGGCGGCCCGCGAGCCGGAUGCAACGCCGGAGGACAAGGAGUCAGAGUCAGAAGCAAAGAUAGAUGGAGAGACUGCAUCAGAUAGUGAGAGCCGAGCGGAAACAGCUCCUCCAGCAACUGCUGUAGAUGAUACUCCAGAGGUCCUCAACAGGGCCCUCUCCAACUUGUCUUCAAGAUGGAAGAACUGGUGGGUGAGAGGUAUCCUGACUUUGGCCAUGAUUGCAUUUUUCUUCAUCAUCAUUUACCUGGGACCAAUGGUUUUAAUGAUGAUUGUGAUGUGUGUUCAGAUUAAGUGUUUCCAUGAGAUAAUCACUAUUGGCUACAAUGUCUACCACUCCUAUGAUCUGCCCUGGUUCAGGACCCUCAGCUGGUAUUUUCUCCUGUGUGUUAACUAUUUCUUCUACGGUGAGACAGUGACUGAUUACUUCUUCACUCUGGUCCAGAGAGAGGAGCCUUUGCGGAUUCUUAGUAAAUACCACCGGUUCAUAUCCUUUACUCUCUAUCUAACAGGAUUCUGCAUGUUUGUACUGAGUCUGGUCAAGAAGCAUUAUCGACUGCAGUUCUACAUGUUUGGCUGGACCCAUGUAACAUUACUGAUUGUUGUAACCCAGUCACAUCUUGUUAUCCACAACUUGUUUGAAGGAAUGAUCUGGUUCAUUGUCCCCAUUUCUUGUGUCAUCUGUAAUGACAUCAUGGCCUAUAUGUUUGGAUUUUUCUUUGGUCGGACUCCACUUAUCAAGCUCUCUCCAAAGAAGACUUGGGAAGGCUUCAUUGGGGGCUUCUUUGCUACUGUAGUGUUUGGCCUUCUGCUGUCCUAUGUGAUGUCUGGAUACAGAUGCUUUGUCUGUCCAGUGGAGUACAACAACGACACCAACAGCUUCACUGUGGACUGUGAGCCCUCGGACCUGUUCCGCCUGCAGGAGUACAAUAUUCCUGGGGUGUUCCAGUCGGUCAUUGGCUGGAAAACAGUCCGGAUGUACCCCUUCCAGAUUCACAGCAUCGCCCUCUCCACCUUUGCCUCGCUAAUUGGCCCCUUUGGAGGGUUCUUCGCAAGUGGAUUCAAGCGAGCCUUUAAAAUCAAAGACUUUGCCAAUACCAUUCCUGGCCAUGGAGGCAUCAUGGAUCGCUUUGAUUGCCAGUACCUGAUGGCCACCUUUGUCAAUGUGUACAUCGCCAGUUUUAUCAGGGGCCCUAACCCAAGCAAACUGAUUCAGCAGUUCCUGACCUUGCGGCCAGAUCAGCAGCUCCACAUUUUCAACACACUCAAGUCGCACCUGACCGACAAGGGGAUUCUGACAGCCACCAUAGAGAAUGAGUAGGGGCCACCCAGGGCAAGGAGAACAGGAGUCAGACUGAGUGAGGGGCAGGUCUCCAAGGCAAGCCCAGCUGCUGUGACUUAGACAAUGGAGAAACUUCAACUCACUGUCCUUUUUUUUUUUUUUUGGUAGGGUGUUUUUUACUCCUGCAUUUAAAAAGAUGUGUAUAUACAGUCUUAAGUGUUUAUGAUUUGGGUUUUGAGUAAGCUACAGCUCUGAGUUGGAAGAAAGUCACGGGGUAAAACCAUUUGGGUCUUUUAAACAAAAGUAUUGCGCAACCUGGAAGACUGUUACCCAGCUUAAGAUCUCUGCUUGGGUUCUAGACCCCAUCCAUUAAACUGUUUCUGGGCCCUAUCAGAGAGUGACAUUCAUCUGUGUCCAGCCUAUUCAGGGGGCUCUCCACCUAUGCUGGAGUGCAUGGCUUGGAUGCCUUUGCUGUACUUGACAGCUUUUGCUGGGGCUUCUCCAGUCACCCUGCCUGGGAGCUAGGGAGUGCUGCCUUCUGUUGGCCAGAGGGAUGCAGGCUUAGUGAUCAGCUCAGUAUUCUUUCCAAAUCCUGCAGAGGAUACUGUAGCUCAGCUUUGUUAGUAUGGUUUCACUGUACUUAAUCACAAAUUGAAAGAAGACUUCAGAUUUUACUGUUUUCAGAAAGAAUGAAAAAGUAAAAUAGUCUGGAGUUAAAAACGCACUGUAGUAUUUCAAGUGUGUGCAGUAGAAUGCACUGUAACGAAGCCCUUUCUCAUGAGGUAGGCUCUGUUGUCUCCUGGAGGGUGGCACAGCGAACUGCAUCUUUUCAGGGAUGAGACCAUUGGCAUUUGUGCUGUAGAGUUGCUGCUGCUGAAUCCUUCCUGGGGACUCUCCCAGGAGGUAGGGAGCAGAGGGCUUUUUGUUCAUGCACCCUAGGCCUGAACGCCCAUGUCGCUGCUGUGUUGUGUAUAUAUUCUUGAGGCAAGUGUGUGUCUGUGUGUGUGUUUUAAAAGUCACUUAUUAACUGUAAUUUCAAUUAUACCAUGACUUCUUCACUGAAUCUACAAGUCUUGCUUAAAACUGGUGAUCCUAACUUGAUGUGAGGCUUGGCUAUUCUGAAAAUUAAAUGUAUGCUUUUUAUAUAA